GCGGCGUCGUUUGGAAUUAUCCCAAAUUUCCAAUUUUUUUCUUCUUCUCAAAAGCUACGAUCUUCGAACCUUUUAGCAUCGAAUUUCCCCCAAAAUCUCUCAAAUCUUUCUCCGUCGUCCUGACACCGCCGUCCGCCGUCACCUUCCCCAUCGCCGCCGCGGGCCAUGACAUAAUCUCUGAACAUUUCAGCUAGAACAAGCGACUGUAUUACCGGAUUGAUGUUUAUUAAAAUGUAUAAAUUCUUCAUUUGCCUGUAAAGAAAGUAGUUCUCUUAGUGCUGGCUGCAGUUUUUGGAAACCAUGAGUUUUGUUUUCCGAGGCACGCGCGGAGAUAUAGAAACUGGCUUUCCAGGACUUAUUCCCGAGCGACGUGCAAUGCGUGUUCAUGCCACCCGACCAGUAAAUACAAAUUCCCUCGCUUUUCUUGUGACAGUGCUUUUGCUGUUUAUGAUUUUGAACUCGCACCAAAUGUCUCCAAAUUUUCUGCUGUGGCUAGUGCUGGGUGUAUUUUUCAUGGCAACGAGUUUGAGGAUGUAUGCGACUUGUCAACAACUUCAAGCACAAGCGCAAGCACAUGCAGUUGCAGCAAGUGGGAUUCUUGGCCACACGGAACUGCGACUUCACAUGCCGCCAUCCAUAGCACUUGCUACCCGAGGAAGGUUGCAAGGUCUUAGGCUCCAACUUGCACUUCUUGAUCGAGAAUUUGAUGACUUGGAUUAUGAAACUUUGCGAGCACUGGAUGCUGACAAUGUUCCUGCAGCCUCAAUGACCGAGGAAGAGAUCAAUUCUCUUCCCGUUCACAAGUACAAGUUGUCUGGUCCACAGAGCGUUGGCUCGGCAGUGCAGCAGGCUGCUUCUUCAACCUCAGUUCAGCAGGAUGUUUCAAAUGCACAAACGGGAUUAAAAAGCUCAGAUGACGAUUUGACUUGUAGUGUUUGCUUGGAGCAAGUUAAUGCUGGAGAAGUCAUUCGUAGCUUGCCAUGCUUGCAUCAGUUCCAUGUGAACUGCAUAGAUCCAUGGCUUCGGCAGCAAGGUACCUGCCCAGUUUGCAAGUUUAAAGCCGGGUCCCGAUGGUCCGAUAUUGCUCAACGAGAAAUUGAUGCUUCGAACAUGGUUUAGCUUUCAUCUUCUAAACAUCAAAAUUAACAUUUUAUUUAAUUACGUUACACAUAAAAUACACGUACAUAUACGUAUAGAGGCCUGAUUUGAAGUUCCGGUAUAAUGUACAUGAACUGUAUUUUUAUGUAUAUCCUAAAACAUAAAAGAGCCAUUCAGAAUACAGCUCUCUUCUUUUAUUAGGCUAACUAUCCUGUAAAUAUUUCUUUCUGAUAAGUGUGUGGCU